AUGUAUAGGAAUUCUUAUCAACGUGGUAUGCUUACCGUGUUUUUCAGUGUUGGUUCAAAACCAUUAGCCAUAUGGGAUACUCACACGCAAGAUGGUUAUAUAACAAGGUUUUUGGACCAAGAUAUUAAGUCUAUGGUAUUAGAAAUAGGUGGAACUAACGUAAGUACAACGUUCAUAACUUGUCCGAAGGGCAAUAUGGUUUUAGUGACUAUUCUUGACGAGACUUUAACUCGAAGAAGAUUUCGUGUAUCAAAUUUUCAAAGUAGCACUCAAAUAUUGCCUCUCUGCACAGUAAUGCCUAUUGGUCUUUCUGAUGGAUGGAAUCAAAUCCAAUUUAAUUUAGCAGAAUUUACUCGUCGCGCUUACAAGAAACAAUUUGUUGAAGUACAAAAACUUAAGAUCAAUGCUAAUAUUCGACUUAGAAGGAUUUAUUUUACUGAACGACUCAUACCCGAGGAUAAAUUACCGCCAGAAUAUAAAUUAUAUUUUCCGUUAACAUCAAAAGGAGCUAAAGAUAAAAAAGUCAUUCAGGAAAGUGUAAUUAAUAAAGAAAAUGUAAAACCAUCCACGUCACAAACAUUAACGGAACAUGGCGCUGAACAAAGUCUUGAAAGCUUAAAGAGUAAAAUCGUCGUGGAAUCUCGAACAGAUUCUAAGACAAAGAUUGAAACUGUUAUAGAGGAACCACUUGAUAUAGGUCAAGAACAUGAAAAAGAGUCCGAAGAGCCUGUAGACGAAGAAGGUGCUGAUGUUAACGAAGAACUUACUGCCGAAGAUAUUAAAAACGAGGAUGAAGCUGAAGUUGCUCAAAGUCUAGAAGCUUAA